AUCCUCCAAACAACACAUCAGUCAGCGACUCUGGCCCUGUCAAAGAGGGCAGCUUGGUGACUCUGACCUGCAAGGCCAACGCCAAUCCAGCUGUGGACAGCUACACCUGGUUCAAAGUGGAUGGAGAUCAGGUGACAGCUGUGGGUUUUAAGAACAGGCUUUCAACUACGGUCUCAGAGGUGGACAGCAGAUUUUUCUGCAAAGCCAGUAACAGCUACGGAUCUCAGAACUCAUCCAUCACUCAGAUAGACGUACAGUUUCCUCCAAAGGAAACCAGUGUAAUCGUGGACCCUGAUGGUCCGAUACUGGAGGGCAGCUCUGUUACUCUGCUCUGCAAGAGUCGUGCCAAUCCACCUGUGACCAACUACACCUGGUACAAAGACAAUGAAGAGGAUAAUGAGCUUGGAUCUAGACUGGUAAUAAAUGACGUGGACCCGAGUCAUAAUGGUGACUACCACUGUGCAGCAAAAAGUGAGCUUGGGGAGGAAACUUCAGCGCAGAUUCAGCUGGACAUCGAGUAUCCCCCGAAGAAUACCUCGGUGUUGGUUGACCCCUCUGGUCCAGUGCUCGAUGGCAGCUCUGUAACUCUGACCUGCUCAACCAUCGCCAAUCCAGCAGCUGUUAACGUCACCUGGUUCAGAGUGGCUGGAAGAGAACCGGAGAUGGUGGGCUGUGAGCGAGACUUCACCUUCAAUGUGACAAAACUCUCAGAGGAUCAGUAUUACUGUGAAGCUCUAAACGUCCACGGAGCUGAAAACUCAGAGCCUGUCAGUAUUGAUGUCACAUUUGCUCCAGAGAUCUUGCCUUCUUCCCGCUGUGUCCAGGUUCCAUCCCUGAUUCAAUGUACCUGUGACAGCCAGGGGAACCCGCCUCCCUCCCUUGUUUGGGAAUUGGCCAAGGAGCCUGUCAAUCACUCUGCUGUUGUCCCAAUCAGGGAAGUUCCCCUAGGAAGC